CUUUCGCUUUUAGCGCCCUCUACUACAAAACAUGGCGGCAUUGGCUACAAUCACGUGAUAUUACUAAAUUAGUUCUACCUCGUUAUUAGUAAAAUGUCAUCAACAGGCCAAACAAUAACAAUCUGGCUUGAUGUUCGAAGACAUUAUUUGGGUCUGGAGAAUGUGAAUCAGAUAGAUGUGGAAGACGACCUAAGAUGUGUUGAGUUACCCUACGGAUGUUCUACAGUGGAAGCGCAAGAAUUAAUUAGAGAUGCAUGCAAUCUGCCAAGCACUGUUAUUCUACAAUUGCGCAAUCAUAGAAAUUCUCUAAUUGCAAUCAAUGGAAGAUUGACAAUCACAUCAAAAUAUCAACCAUAUAUCUUGGAAGCUGUUCGUCCUUAUCAGAAUGUUAAGGCAAAGCGUCGAGCCAACAAGGAUCAAAAGCGUAUAGACAUCUUUAAAAAAAUUUUGAACAGCUAUAAGAUACGACUUCAGACGGUGGAAGACAAGCUUCCAAGUUGUCAGGAGAGAAGAAAUCAAAAAUUGUUGAUGGAAUUACUAGAAAUAGACAAACAAUUAAAUUUUCUUCAAAAACGAUUUCAAGAUGCCGAUCGAACAACGUGGUCGGGCAUGUUUAAAAAGACACCAUUAUGGUAA